CAGGUAUAAUGAUGUAUGGGCAGCUGAUCACCUGAGGCGGCCAGUAUAGUGUUGUUUGGGUGACUGGUCACCAGGGGGCGGCAGGUAUAGUGUUGUAUGGGCGGCUGGUUUAGUGUUGUAUGGGCGGCCAGGCCGGUGAGGUGGCCGGAAGGACGUGAAUUGCCUAAAUCACACCAGUUACUGCCACUUGUUUUGGCGCCGCCACCCUUCUAAACCCGCCGCCGCCAUCGCCCGCCCAGCCGCCCAAACACAAAAAUCAUCCUAUAGGCUUACAACACCCUAACAAAUUACAGCCAGAAUAAGCCUGAGGAGGAGAUAUAAGCCAGGGUGUGGGAGACGGGUGAGGACGUCACCCAGUUGCUGCAACGAUCGUCCACACUACACUGCAAAAUGUCAGGAAAGGUGAAGCAGCGGAAUACAGCCAACACUGCUGAGGCAGCUACUGUCACUGUGAAUGAAAAGAUCCUGAAAGAAUGUCAUAAUCUCUACACCGAUCCUGAUAAUGGUCUGGUUGCUAUUGGUAGAAGCCUUGGUCUGAAACUACUGCCUCCAAGAAAAAAGAUUAAUGUUAUGUUAAUGGGCAAUCACUCUGCUGGAAAGAGCUCCUUUGUCAACUGGUACAUCGAGGAGCAUGUGCAGAGAACGGGCGUGGCCAUCGAGACUCAGGGCUUCAGCUUUAUCACCAGCGGCCGCAAGCGGGAGUCCCUCACGGGCAAUGCCACCCUUCAUCUCUACCCUCACUUCAAGGCUCUUCAAGAAAUUGAUGGUGUUGUGGAUUACCUGAACACUGAGAUUAGCACUUCAAAGCAGAAGAAGUUUAGCUUGGUAACAUUUAUUGACACUCCAGGUCUUGUAGAUGGUGACAUGAAGUACCCAUUUGAUGUCAACCAGGCAAUGCUGUGGCUUGGUGACUUGUGUGAUCUGAUUUUUGUCUUCUUUGACCCAAUUGGGCAAGCACUAUGCAAACGAACUCUGAAUAUUGUUGAGCAACUAAAUGAAACUCACCCAGAUCGAAUCCGCUUCUACUUAUCCAAAGCUGAUGAAGCUGGUCAUGAGAGUGACAGACAGAGGGUAAUGAUGCAAAUUGUACAGGAACUAUGCAAACGCCCCGGUCUUAACAAGACUGGCUUUGACAUGCCGACUAUUUAUAUACCAAAUCCAAAUAAGCCCACUCGAUGUGUGAACCAGAUUGAGGAUGUUUGUAAAGAUAUAGAAAAGACUAUCAAUCAAACAAUUCAAACUACAUUAAACCAGUUGGAACGUGACUGUGAGCAGAUUUCAACUCUUGUUGAUGAGGCAGUUGAAGCGGAUAAUAGAGCUAGAGCAUACAAUUUCCGUGCUAAGAUGAAAGGCUUGGCUCUCUCAUCAGUUGGGUUUUUGCUUCCUGUAGCACUAAUUGUGCAGAUACUUGUGUCAACAGCUCCACGGGAGCUUGUAAACAGUCUGGCUGGAGAGAAUUUUGCUAAUGCUAUUUCUUCCUUUAUGGCUCCAACAACUGCUAUUUGGGAGAACAUUGAUGAAGACAACCAGAUGGUCAUCUUGGCUUUAGUACUAGCUCUAUCAGGAAUCUUUCUCAUCAUCUCACGCAUCAUAAACCGAGCAAAGCCAACUCUCCAACGUCGGUCCAAGAAAAUACUCGUUGAGAAGCGGGAAUAUGUCAAUAGCUUUGUGAAAGUUCAGAAGCAAAAGCUUUAUUCUGAAUACCUGCAGCAAAGUGUGUCCGAUCAUGAUUUGUAAGUCAGUUGUUAAAGACCUAACUAGCGCAUUAAUAUCAAGAAAGAAAACAGCAGGUUUUCUAGUACAAAGUAAAAUAUAUUCACUCAGUGCCUAAGCAUUUUCCUACUACAAUACAGAUAAAACAGUAUUUUUGUAAAGCCAGUGAAUAAAUGAUUUUAUACAAUGUACAGCAGCUUUAAUAUUGUAAAACAUUAGUGUAGAUAUCUGUGAAUCAUGUUCUUCAUCUCUUUAUUUUGAAGAUGUGAAAACAUUAACACCAAAUGGGCAUUAAACCUAGAGCUCUUCAAAAUCAUGGCACCUGGGAUUGCAGGACCUACCACUCACCUCUUAUUUCAGGACAUCUGAUCUGAACUCAGGAUUAAAUUUUUUUUUUUGUCUUGUAACUUUUACAAAUCCAAACAAAAUACACACACAGAUGUUAGGUUACACCAUAUAUUAUAGUCUGUGUUGUUAUAUGUUAAAUUCAUUAUCUAAACUGUUACACUUCAACUGUACAGCUUUAAUAAAUGUUUUACUCCUAUGGGCUUUUCCAAAGAAAGGAACAAAACAUAGUUAAUCCAUCCUUACAAAUCUUAUGUAGCUUUUUUGGAAAAUAUUUAUUUUAGGAUAUCGAAUGUCCUCAUUAAAUCCUGUACUUCAAGUAUGGUAGAGUUUAAGCAAUCCAGGAGCUUUGAAUAACCCAUACAGGUUUGGUGCUAUUUGCAGAUAUGUAAAAUACUGGGAGCCAUGGAUUCAAAGCCAACUUGGUGCUAGCUAGCAUUUUCGUUCAUUUUCGUAUGCUGUGUAAUAUAGAUAACUGCAUUUUAGUGUUUAAUAUAGUUUCUGUAUGCUGGAAUGUUUAUUCCUAUGAGUACAGUAUUGUGUAAUUCUAGGCACUUGUUACUAAAACUGUUCACAGUAUAUUUAUUUUCUUAGCCAAAGAAACAUGCACUGAUGGCUGCUUGUGUUGAUAGUACCAAUACACGCUAACAACACGUAUUGAAUAAGCUUUAAGUUUGCAGCUGUUAUGGUGAUGAAAGUCUUGCAUAAUUAAUCAUAUAUAUAAUGGAAUUAUUGGUUACAAGAAAGGCAAUUCAAAAUAAAAACUGUAAUGUUCGCUUGAGAUAUUUCGUGUAUUUACCGAACACUGAGAGUAGCCACUUCAGUAUUCCAAAUGGAAGAGUGAUGGGGUUCGAACUUGAUGUCUGGCAGUCGUCCUAGAAUUAUCAGUCUGGUGUCUUCGCCAGCUGCACUACACAGUGAAAGAAUUUUCUGAAACCAGAUUUAUCGAGAACGAUUGGGAUGGCCUCCAACGUAGGUUUGAACCCUGUCACUCCAUUUGAGCUAUUUCAAUACAUUUAGUACACUAGUUGAUUUAUAACUGUUAUUGUAGUUAAUAAUGUUUUAAAUAAUAAAAAUUAUUUAUAAUUUUU